CAACUGUCGGAUUUUUAACCUAACUUUGUUCUGUGCCUAACUUUAUGGAAUAAACGAAAAUUGAAAUAUUUAUUGGCCAAAUAGCUUUCAAAUAAGCUUAAGGCCAAAAAAUUGUGAAAAGAAAUAAAUAUUUAUUAUAUUUUCUAAUUUAUUGUAAUUUUACGAAAAAUAUUGAGUAACUGAUAAUGAUUGCUGUUCAUUGUGGUGCAGGAUAUCACAAUAAAAAAUACCAUAGAAAAUAUAACAAGUUAUCUAAAAAAGCAUGUAUAAAGGGCAUAGAUGUAUUGAAACAAGGGGGGACAGCUUUAGAAAGUGUAAAAGCUGCAGUUAUUGUUUUAGAAAAUGAUCCCAUCACCAAUGCAGGUUAUGGAUCAAACUUAUCCACAAAUGGUGUGAUUGAGCUGGAUGCAUCCGUAAUGGAUGGAAGAGAAUUAGUGUAUGGUGGAUGUGGAGCAAUAAGGAAAAUAAAAAAUCCCAUUGAAUUAGCAUACGAUAUUUGCGUCAAACAGUCAAAACCGUUACCUUUAGGAUUAAUACCACCUUCUUUACUAGUUGGCACUGGUGGUUUAGAAUAUGCGCGAGGUAUAGGAUUAAAUAUAGUAACUAAUAAGUCUUUAAUAAGCAAAAAAGCAUUUAAACAAUAUGUUAAGUGUAAACAUUUGUAUAAUCAGCAGUCAAAUAAGUUGGAUACUGUUGGGGCUGUUUGUAUUGAUGAUUCUGGCCAUGUUGCAUCAGCUUGUAGUUCAGGAGGAUUAUUAUUGAAGAGACCUGGCAGAGUUGGCCAAGCAGCAUUAUACGGAAGUGGAGUGUGGGCGGACAGUUUUAUCAAAGAGGAGCCCUGUGUAGCAGUUUGUACCACUGGCUGUGGAGAACACUUGGUUCAAACGCAACUAGCCAAAGAAAUCUCCAUUGAUCUUAAAAAUGAAACCUGUGUAACUACAGGUCUACAUAAAACUAUGACUGAUAAGUUUCUGAAGUCAAGGUUUUUAAGAAAUGUCAAUCAAAAGUUGGGCGGCGCCUUAGUUUUGCAUGCAAACACCGCCAGAGAUGAAAUAGCGGUCCUAUGGGGGCACAGUACUCAAACUAUGAGUUUGGGGUUUAUGUCUAAAAUGGAUAGAUACCCUACUGGAUUAAUCUCAGAAUUACCCAACGAAGCACUAGCAGGAGAUACAAUUAAUGUGGGAGGAACUUAUUUUUACAAUAAAAUAAACACUGAAUAGUAUAAGU